AUGAGAGACUUCAAGGAGUGUGUGGAGCAGAUAGAGGUUCUAGAUAUUAAUCGGUUUGGGCUGCAUUAUACUGGGACUCAAAAGCCGAAGAAAGGCAUAGGUGUUAUGAAGAAAAUUGAUAGAGUUAUGGGAAAUGCUCAGUUUCUGGUAGAUUUUCCAUCGGCUCAUGCUGUGUUUCAACCUUAUCGUGUAUCUGAUCAUAGUCCGUGUGUGCUAAAGCUUCCUAGUCUUGCAAAAGUCAGCCCGAAAUCAUUUAAGUUUGCUAAUUUUUUAGUUCAUAAACCUGAAUUCAGGGAGGAAGUCUUGAAAGGGUGGAGUUUGCCAUGCACAGGUAAUCGUAUGUAUUGUGUUGUGAAACGUUUGAAGCAGCUGAAGUCCCCGAUGCGUAAAUUGUUGUAUAAGCAAGGGAACGUGCAUGAGAAGGUUGUUAAGCUAAGGGCGGAAUUGGAUGAGGUUCAAACGGCUAUUGAUGCUGAUCCGACGAAUGUUAACUUACGAAAUAAAGAGGCUGAUUUGGUUAGUGUUUUUAAUGAUGCCAAACUGGAUGAGGAACAUUUUUUAAAACAAAAAUCUAAGAUGGAAUGGCUUCAUGUUGGCGAUUCAAAUUCAGCUUAUUUCCAUAAUGCUCUCAAGUGCAGGAAUCAUGUUACUCGAAUAAAUUGUAUUAAAGAUCGUCAUGGUAUUGUUUUUGAAGGUGUGGAUGUCCCGAAAGCUUUGGUUGAUCAUUUUACGCAGUUUUUAGGUGUUUUGGGUAAUGUUACAGAAAGCAUUGAUCAUGAAUUAUUCCAUAGGCGGUUAUGUCCGCGGAAGGCAUAA